CUCAUUUCAUCUGUUACUCAGCAGAAUGUCACCAUCUUUUGUCAGUUAUCUCCUUAUGUAAAUAUAAUGCAUGCUCUCUCCCCUGAAUGUAAAUAAUGCAUGCUCUCUCUCCCCUGAAUGUAAAUAAUGCAUGCUCCCUCAUGGAAUAAAUACAUCAAGAAAAAACAAUAAUUUGCAUUUUUCAUUUUUUCCAGAUAAAUUACCAGAAGGAUUAACAGAACAAGCAAGUGCACACAACAUGCAAGCAAUCACAGACGUCCCAGGCGUUACGGAAUUACAAUAUAUUAACAUACCAUCAUACAAAUAUCCCAAAGCAAAUGACAUGACCUGUAUACCACAAGGGAUGGUAUUUGAAGGCGUAGAUCUGUCUCAAUUUAGUGGUCGCCAGGAAGAUAUUGAAUUGAAACCGAGACAGCGCACAAGACGACAUACAGCAAAGACAUACGCAUGUGAAGUGUGUAGGAAGAUGUACAGUACAAGACAAAGUCUCAAUGUCCACAUGAACAUUCACACUGGACAGAAACCAUUUAAAUGUGAUAUAUGUGAAACAGGGUUCGCCCAUCCAUAUAUGCUGGCUCUACAUAAACAGCAACAUUCCGUUCCAUAAUCUGAAUAUUGUUAUCCUCAUACAGGGUACACUGUUCUGUCAUUU